AUGACUCUGCUGGUGCGUUUGUCCGGCCACACGGCAUUGACUGGCGCACAUCAUUUCUCUAGGAAGCGAGAACGAGAGGUCUCACUCGAGCCUACCUUGCCCAAAACAUCUGUGCCCGGAAACGCGUCAGACGUCAAGUCGCCAGCAAAGAAAGGCCGUGUACAUCCUGACACCACCCUGGAAGAGGAGGAUGCUCAGCAGCGAUCGCGCUCUCGGACACCGCCCAAUCCGCAUUCCCCGGCAUUGAGCGUAUCUCCACCACACGAGGUCAAGGUUAGGCAGAUUAGUCAAGGUGUCGAAGAUAUCAACUGGCGACAACGACGUCCUCCUCAGAAUGACAUUGAAACAGAGAAACCCGAUGUUGAAGUUCUACACGAUAAGGAAGAUGAACAAGCAACUGUGCAAGAGAAACCCAACGAAGACCAGGACGAGCCACCUCCAUUACCUCCCGUCCUGGACACAACACUGGAGGCUGACGAAACAUCUGACGUUCCCUCUAGUCUGCCUCACGCGCGUCGAGCUUCUGAAUCAGAGGCAGCCGAACCAGAAAAGGGAUUGAAGCGGAAACUCGCAGACCGCGGCACCAGUCAGGGCCCGGAGAGUGCUCCAUCCCAUCCUUCAAUUCAUACAACGUCUGCAGAGACUGCCAAACGACCGAGAGACGAUGGGGACAACGAUGACAACCCACGUCUGUCGAAGAGACAGUCUCCUCCCCCAGAACAACAGGAGAAGCCUCCUGCGGCAACAGAAACCUCCACUCCGAAACUAAGUGGCUUCAUGGCGUAUGCUUCUGCAGCGUCUCCAUUUGCGUCUGUCAAGGGACAGAACGUUUUUUUCAGCGCAUCCAGCAACAAGAACCAGCCGACAUCUCCCAUACGAGCGUCAACUUCACUCCCAGGCAGUAGUAAUCUCACCAAGUCGUCUUUGCCCCAGACGCCGCUUGCAAGUCUAGCCCAGCAAACCUACCUGCAGCAAACACCGACCAGCACAGCUACCAAACGUACCGGUUUCGAAGCAUUCGCAGGAUCCGCUUCCCCCUUUUCGCCCUCGUUCGGCCAUUCACGACCAAUGUCUCCUGGAACGGCCAACAGUAGGAGUGCAUUCGUCCGUAGCAAGUCCCCAGUCCGACGAGGAACCUUUAGCGCGAAUUCGGGUGCCUUCUCGUCAUAUGCCAGCGGUGGUACACAGGGCUUUGCAGUACCCCGCCCCAAACGUGCCAGGGCAGGAUCACCGAGUAACGGGUCAUCGAGGAGUUCCUUGGAACGGAAAGAAAGCAUUUUCUUCAGUGCUCCUGGCUCAAAUGAGAACAGCACGAGCGGGGAAGAAGAGGAAGGCGAGAAGGAAGAAAGCGAGUUUGCGCCCUCGUCAUUUGGCGAGAGACUCCGGUCGGCCAAAGAUGCGGAUGACAGCCAAAGCGACCGAGAGAAAGAAAAACUUACUGAGCAGGAGGUGCUCACUGGCGAAGAAGAGGAAGAGACGAUACAUCAAAACCAGUGGAAAGAGAGAGGAACUGGACAAUUAAAGCUGAACGUUCGCCGCACAGAUGGUAGUGGUGCCCGUCUCGUGAUGAGGAAAGAAGCAGUUUACACUGUCAUACUCAAUGUAACACUUUUCCCGGGCAUGAAGUGUUUCAUUGCUCAGGACCCGCGAUACCUCCGUUUCAGCGCGAUUGAUGGAGGUACUACGGUUCACUACAACCUACGGGUUUCCAAUGCGAAGAUUGCGCAGGAGUUGCUUGAGGAGAUUGAUGCCAACCUCCCAUUGCUUAGCGAGCAGAAGCAGCUCUACGUCAAAUAUCCACGUGGCAAGAUGUUGUGCGGGGAAUAUCUUUUGGGCAGCACGGCGGGUGAAGAGUUUGAAGCCACACUGCGUAUCCCGGAUAUCGCCCACGCCGACAAUCCUGAGUAUAGUGUGUAA